GGCCUUGGGGCUACUGGGCUUGGCUGGGGCUGAGUCUUGCACUCACUCCCUCCCUGCUUCUGCCCAAACUGCUGUUUCUUCUGCUCCUUCUGCUGGACCCCUGGAACCCAGCCAGAAAGCACCUGGAAAACAACACCAUCACAGAGGAAGAAACUGAGACCCAAAUUUGGGAAGAGAUUUAUCUAAGAUCACAAAGCAAGCACAGACCUCCCAAAAGCCAAAAUGUCCAGCAAAAGGGCCAAAGCAAAGACCACAAAGAAACGUCCCCAGCGAGCGACAUCCAAUGUUUUUGCCAUGUUUGACCAGUCUCAGAUUCAGGAAUUCAAAGAAGCUUUCAACAUGAUCGACCAAAAUCGAGAUGGAUUCAUUGACAAAGAGGAUCUCCAUGAUAUGCUGGCCUCCCUUGGGAAGAACCCCACAGAUGAAUACCUAGAAGGGAUGAUGAGUGAGGCCCCUGGACCCAUAAAUUUCACCAUGUUCCUGACCAUGUUUGGAGAGAAGCUGAAUGGGACGGACCCGGAGGAUGUUAUCCGAAAUGCCUUCGCUUGCUUUGAUGAGGAGGCCUCAGGAGUCAUCCACGAGGACCACCUUCGGGAGCUGCUCACCACUAUGGGUGACCGAUUCACAGAUGAGGAGGUAGAUGAGAUGUACCGAGAGGCCCCCAUUGACAAGAAGGGCAAUUUCAACUAUGUGGAGUUCACCCGGAUCUUGAAGCAUGGAGCCAAGGACAAGGAUGACUAGCCCUUUCACCCUCAACAUUUCUUGUUCUCACCACACCCUUCCACCCCACUCCCACCUUCCGUGUUCCUCAUGCCCCUUGCGGUCCACACAGCUACCAUAUACCAGGAAGGUCCAUGAGUUCUUGCCUGGCCUUAGAUCUGACAUAUUUGCUGAGCAAGAAGGCUGAGAGCCCCUGAGCUUUGGGGAUGGAUGUCCCUCAUUUUUGUCAAAGGGACUAGGGCCUUAGGUCUCUAGCCUGCCUGAAGGGAUAUUCAGGGAAGGUGGAUUUCUUCCUUGGCAAGUACCAACCUGGGGCUUCACAGCUUUUCUACCACAUACUACUAUUCAAGGCUCUAAACAAGGGAAGGAGCAGUUAAGUGACUUGGCCAAAGCUGACCCUCUGUCCUCUUUCCCAGUGUCCUGCAGGGACCAACUUUCCUUCAGCCCCAGUCCCUUGCCACUGCCUCAUCUGGUUAAUGUGGCCUAUUCCAAGAUGACACAUUCCUUCCUCUUACAGGGGACCCUAAAAUAUUCCUCUGUUUCUUUUGUGGCCCCUGCCACACCCUGCCCCCUCAACGUCAUUCACUUGCUUCCCUCAAGGUACACAAAGGAGAGGAGCAUUGCACCAGCACCCUGUCCAGCUUCCAGAUGGGGUUUGAGUGAGAGUCUAAGGAAGUGUAGCCUAUUGGUGUGCACGAUGCAUGUUAAAGCCAAGUGUGGCUUGUAUGAAUCCAUGUGUAUGUGAUUACAUGUAUAUAUAUCUAUA